GCACAAAACCCAAAUUAAAACACGGUUAUUAAUUAAUUAAUUAUUAUAUAUACUCUUCAUCACAUUAAACUUCAAAACCACUAUUAUAUAAUUCCAUUCAUUCUUUCAUCUCUCACCUCAUACCCUCUUCUCUUUUUUUUUCUUCUCUCAAAUAAAUAUUUAGUAUACUCUUUUACCUUCACAUACACAAAAAAAAAUGCAAGUGUUAGAAGAACUCAUGAUGGUUUCAAAGGAUCACACACAACAAAUCAUAAAAGGAAAAAGAACCAAACGUCAAAGGCUACCUUCCCCACUUAGGUUAACCAUGUCUUCAAGUUCUUACAAUGAAGGUACAAGUUAUAAAAGCUAUAAUAAUAACAAUUAUGAUAACAAUUCAACACGAGAUGUUGAUUUGGCUACGAUCGGAUCGAGCGGCCAAUCAGAAGAAGAAAAAGAAGAAGAAGAUAUGGCGAAUUGUUUAAUUCUAUUAGCUCAAGGUGGUCAUCAUCAUAAUGUUUCAAAUAAUCACAAUAGCAACAAUUCUUCAUAUCUUUAUGAAUGCAAAACAUGCAAUAGAUGUUUUCCUUCAUUUCAAGCACUUGGUGGACAUAGAGCAAGUCAUAGCAAACCUAAUAAGGUAAAUUGUAAUAAUAUUAUUGAACAAAAGCAAGUUAUUACAACUUCUUUUGUUGAUGAUCAUAAAUAUGAUCCAACAAUGAAUACCAUACUCUCUUUGCAAGCUUUUAGCACCUCCCCUAUUACUACUACUACUACUACACCAAAAAAAUCAAAAGUUCAUGAGUGUUCCAUAUGUGGUUCUGAAUUCUCAUCGGGGCAAGCUUUGGGGGGACAUAUGAGAAGACAUAGAGCUCUUGUGAACACAUCUACAACAACAACGACGACAACAACAACAUCUAUGAGUUUGAGUAUUGGUAGCCCUAAAUCUCAUCAUGAAGCUAAGAAACCUAGAAAUGUUUUGAAGUUGGAUUUGAAUCUUCCAGCUCCAGAAGUUGAUCAUCAAAGAGAUCAAUCCACGUUUUCUUUUCAACCUAGAGAAAAUGUUAUUGCUUUCUCUAAUUCUUCUUUGGUGGAUUGCCAUUACUAAAGUUCUCAAGCUCUUUCGAUAUUGUCACUAUAAUUGUAUCUGUGAACCGCAAUUUAGAACCAUGGUAUUGUAUUUGGUAAAAAAAAAAAAUUAUAGUUUUUUUUUUUUUUUACUUUUCCAAUUAAACUUGUAAAUGUUGAUAAUUCUUUCCAUUCAUUCUACAUAAAUUGAAAAUUGAAUUUAUUCA